CAAGUUUCAACAAAACGAAACCUUCUGGAUUUUCUCAUCCUCCCCGUGCUGAGUCUUCCGCCAGCGACACUGCUUCAUCUUCUCCGGCAACAGCGUCGCCGCCAUCCAUCCCGCCGGAAAACUCAACGGCACCGUGCCCCCUCCCCUCACCACUGGUUUCAUCGACGCCGCCAAACGUCGUCGUAUCGCUCAUGUUCUUGUGAUUUAUCAUCUAAACCGAGGUAUUGGAAUCAACAAUGGAAGUUUUGCUGCCAAAACUUCCAUCCUUCAACUUCUCAAUCACUGCUAGAAGCUCAUCAUGUGUUAGGCUUAGGUUCCGCCGCGCAUCGUCUCUCUCCGUUUGCGCUUCGACUGUCAAUGAAGCAGUAGCUGAACCAAGUAUUGGCUCCCCUUCUCUUGGUCACUCCACCAGACCCCAUUUCCCAAUACUUCACCAGGAAGUAAAUGGCUCAAAGCUUGUUUACUUAGACAAUGCAGCAACUUCUCAGAAGCCCGCCGUUGUUUUGAAGGCAUUGCAAAACUAUUAUGAAGCUUAUAAUUCGAAUGUACACCGGGGCAUACAUUACCUGAGUGCAAAGGCCACAGAUGAGUUUGAAUCAGCUAGAAGGAAGGUUGCAGCUUUUGUAAAUGCUUCUGAUUCCAAAGAAAUUGUGUUCACAAAAAAUGCUACGGAAGCUAUCAAUCUUGUGGCUUAUUCUUGGGGCCUGUCAAAUUUAAAACCAGGAGAUGAGAUCAUACUUACAGUUGCUGAACAUCACAGUGCGAUUGUUCCGUGGCAACUAGUAGCUCAAAAAGUUGGGGCUGUUUUGAAAUUUGUGGAUUUAAACCAAGAUGAAAUUCCAGAUAUUGAGAAAUUGAAAGAAAUGCUCUCGAAGAAGACCAAAAUAGUUGUUGUUCAUCAUGUUUCAAACGUGCUUGCUUCUGUCCUCCCUAUUAGAGAUAUUGCACAUUGGGCACAUGAUGUUGGGGCAAAAGUGCUUGUAGAUGCCUGUCAGAGUGUUCCACACAUGGUGGUUGACGUUCAGAGCCUUAAUGUUGAUUUUCUUGUUGCUUCUUCUCACAAGAUGUGCGGGCCAACGGGCAUUGGGUUCUUAUAUGGUAAAAUAGACAUCUUGUCUUCCAUGCCUCCAUUCUUAGGUGGUGGUGAAAUGAUUUCUGAUGUAUAUCUUGAUCAUUCAACUUAUGCCGAACCUCCAUCCAGGUUUGAGGCUGGAACACCAGCUAUUGGCGAAGCAAUUGGUUUAGGAGCAGCAAUUGAUUACUUAUCUGGGAUUGGCAUGCAAACCAUACAUGAUUAUGAGGUGGAGCUGGGCACGUAUCUGUAUGAAAGGCUUCUUUCAGUCCCAAAUAUUCACAUCUACGGGCCAGAGCCCUCAGAAAAAGUUGAACGAGCUGCCCUCUGUUCUUUCAAUGUUGAGAAUUUGCACCCCACUGAUCUUGCAACAUUUCUUGACCAACAGCAUGGAGUGGCUAUCAGAUCAGGUCACCAUUGUGCCCAGCCCCUCCAUCGCUAUAUAGGAGUCAAUGCAAGUGCACGUGCUAGCCUCUAUUUCUAUAACACUAAGGAGGAUGUUGACAACUUUAUCCAGGCCCUCCAUGACACAGUGAGCUUCUUCAAUUCAUUCAAGUAGCAACAAUGUAUUUUUGUGUAAAUUAAAUUUUGCUUAUACACCUAUAAGGGUUGGCUCAAUUGAUAGAACAAGAAAGUGUGACACAUAGGUAGGUAUCCGCUAAUUGCAGCACGCCUUGUCUUAGUGCUUGUCCGGGUACAUGGUGAAAAACAGAAUCUUGUACAUCUUUACUAAGAAGCUCAUGCCAAAUUACAUUUAUCACAAGUUACAUUUCUA